UUAUUACUCUCCUGAGACCCCUCCUUUUCCUCUCGGUGGUUAAAUAGUAAUGUGUGCUGCUCCUAAGGGUUACACAUCCUACUUUACAUAGAGGGGGUUACAUAGAUAAUCCAUCUGCAACGACUGAAUAGGUAAAGUAGAGGUGGGGUAAAAAAAACAUUAAAAAAAACCUUGCUGCUCUUUGAAAUGUACUCUAACAGGAUUGACGGACCUCGAAGGGGGAGAUCAUUUGACUCCAUAAACAUUGCUUAUGAAGAAAAACUACUUAACAAUGAGAUAAACAAAUCAACAUUCACAAAAAUAGAGGAAAACACUGAGAAGAAUACGCCAGAGAAAGGCAGAGCAACAAUUAUCUUUUCCCUCAAGAAUGAAGUAGGAGGACUCGUAAAGGCACUGAAACUCUUCCAACAAAAUCAUGUCAACCUUGUGCACAUCGAGUCCAGGAAAUCGAAAAGGCGCAGCUCAGAGUUUGAAAUAUUUGUGGACUGCGACAGCAACCAUGAACAACUCAAUGAAAUCAUCCAGCUGCUGCGGAAGCAUGUGAACAUGGUGGAAAUGGAGCCUCUAGAUAAUUCCUGUCUACAGGAGGAAGGUAUGAAGGCAGCUUUGAGGAGUGUACAUAAGUGUGGCGUUAUCCUAUUUCCGAUUCACAGAACUCUAUUUCCAGAUAUGCAGAAAGUACCGUGGUUCCCAAAGAAAAUAUCUGACUUGGAUAAGUGUGCUAAUCGUGUCUUGAUGUAUGGUUCAGAUUUGGAUGCUGACCAUCCGGGUUUCAAAGACAAUGUCUACCGCAAAAGAAGAAAGUAUUUUGCUGAUCUCGCUAUGGCCUACAAACACGGAGAGCCGAUUCCUCGUAUAGAGUUCACGGAGGAGGAAGUGAAGACAUGGGGUGUUGUGUACAGAGAGCUCAACAAGUUGUACCCCAGCCACGCAUGUAGGGAAUACUUAAAGAACUUGCCACUGCUGUCCAAAUACUGUGAAUGUCGAGAAGACAACAUUCCUCAGCUGGAAGACGUCUCUCGUUUCCUCAGGGAACGCACAGGGUUCACCAUCAGGCCAGUGGCUGGUUACUUGUCACCUCGUGACUUCCUGGCAGGUUUGGCCUUCCGUGUUUUCCACUGCACCCAGUAUGUGCGGCACAGCUCUGAUCCCUUAUACACCCCUGAGCCAGACACAUGCCACGAGCUGCUGGGUCACGUCCCCCUGCUGGCAGAACCCAGUUUUGCACAGUUUUCCCAGGAGAUUGGUCUGGCGUCACUGGGCGCUUCGGAUGAUUCUAUUCAGAAAUUGGCCACAUGUUAUUUCUUCACAGUAGAGUUUGGCCUAUGUAAACAAGAAGGACAGUUAAGGGCAUAUGGGGCUGGACUGUUGUCAUCCAUCAGUGAGCUUAAGCAUGCCCUUUCUGGAAAAUCAAAGAUAAUGCCAUUUGACCCCAAAGUAACAUCCAAACAAGAAUGCAUAAUUACAACAUUUCAGGAUGUUUACUUUGUGUCGGACAGCUUUGAGGAGGCAAAAGUCAAGAUGAGGGAGUUUGCCAAGACCAUCAAGCGUCCCUUCACAGUACGGUAUAAUCCCUACACCCAGAGUGUGGAUGUCCUUAAAGACACUCCCAGCAUCAACAGUGUUGUGGAAGAACUCCGACAUGAGCUCGACAUUGUGGGCGAUGCUCUGAACCGCCUCAACAAGCAGCUUGGAGUCUGAAAUUUCAAAUCUCGCUUGCAGCCAAUCUGUGUCACUCCCCUAAGUACUGCUUUAGAUAUGCUGCCUGUGUGUCAUCUUUGUCAUUACAAUGAAUGUGCUGUCAUUUGGGGAAAAAAUUGUUUCCCUCCUGCGUGGUACAUGGUUUUUCCCAGUGUACAAAGAUAUACAAUGUAUGAUAUCGGUGAACUGCACAAACCCACAGAGCAUUCUAUUUUCACCUAACUGGCUUCUAUCCUGCGAACUGUUUGUGAUGCUUUUGUUCUCCCCCAAAAACCCAAAUUCCAGUCCCUCUUGUUGUCCAACCUGUUGUCGUACAUUAUAUUAUGAUGUUUGUUUGCAUUGUUUUGUUCUAUUAUCCAAUUAAUUUUCCUUACAUCAGUAAUUAAAUAUAAAAUGUAACUUUGUAUUCUUAUUGUGUAUCAUGAUAUUUUUCCCUGUAUAAUAUAGAGGGAAAUUAUAUCAGCAAUGUUAUGAAAGCAUUUUGGCCAUUUAUUAUGACAGCGUUGACCGUUGCCCUUUGUUUCACCCAAAAUUUAUGUUAACACCUCCAAUUAAAAUAGCUACAACUACAGGACAGCUGAAUCAAAAAUACGUUCAUACAGACCAAUAUACAGUAUAGAUACGAUAACUUCAUAUAAUACAUGUCUGAUAUUUAUGCAAAUAUUGUGGAGGGGGGGUGGGGGAGGGAGGUCGAAAGUUUUUUUUUUUUCAAACAAACUUUGUUAACAACAAAUACAAAUAUACAAACAUAGGGCGAGACAAUUCACAUAUAAUCAACAAUUUACAACAACAAAAUAAUAAGGGUCGGGGUUAUUUUCAACACAAGCUGUAUUGUUUGCAAUAUAUUUUGAUCCUUAUAGCCUUUGGAUUCAAAGAGGAACUUAAAUCGUCCAAAUGUAAAGACAACAUUUUUCCAAAAACAUAAAAAUUUGGUCUUUGAUUCGCAUAUUUUACACAGUGAAUGUGAAAUUUUGCCAACAUUAAAUUAAGAUAGAUAGGCCAAACACAAUAUGUGUAAAAACUAAUUUUAAUGAGGGUUCAACUUUGGAGUUGAUAAAAUUAUUCAAGUCAACCCAAAAUACGUGAGAGUAUGUACAUUCCCGAAACAAAUGGGAGAUAGUUUCCACUGCAGUUGCACAAAAAGAACAUAAUGUAUCAAUAUUAAUUUAAAAUUUUACCAUUGUUGUUUUUACAGGAUAACACAUGUGAAGUAUUUUGGGUGUGAUUUCUUUAACUUUAUUUCUCAAUAGAUAUUUUCUAGGCAAAAGCCAAGUCUGUUUCCAUUCAAUAUUUUCAUAUAAAUUAUUCCAAAUAAAAAAUUGCAGCAGGUUUGGAAACUAUCUCUCUUUGAAGAAGUCCCCUCACACAAUUGCUUGAGGCUUCAGAACUUAAUAAUGCACAUUUGUGAGCAAUAAACAGGGACUUUGGAUCAAAGAUUGGAAUGUCACAAUUUCCACCUUUAGGUGAACAUUGUAAUAAUCUUGGAGAGCCCUCUGGGAUCGCAUCAAACACGAUAGAAUAUUCCAGAGGUGUAACAACAAUACUAUAAGCAGAACAAAAUUCUUCAUAUGUAAAAAGUUGACCUUCAUCAUUCAAUAAUUGACUAACUAGAGAAAAAUGUUAUUCUUGACCCAUCUUUCAAUGUACAAAAAUUUAUUUCGAUAUUUUAUAUCUUGAUUGUUCCAAAUGUAAUAUCUAUGUGGUGAAAAUGUGUGUUUAUAUAUCAUUGACCAUGACAUAAGAAGUUGAGUGUGGAAUUUGGCUAAUUUAACGGGUAACUUAGAAAUGUUGUAAUUACACCUCAACAAAAUAUUCCAGACCUCCUACAGAUUUAAAAAUGUGUGUAGUGAUGAAAUUCCAUAUUGAGUUGGGAUUUCUCAAAUAUAAUUUAAUCCAUUUAAUUUUAAAUGAUGCAUUUAAAGAGGUAAAGUCCGAAGCGUUAAAACCUCCUGAAGCUACAUUAUUUAUCAUAACAUUCUUUUUUAUGUAAUGUAUUUUGUUUUUCCAAAUGAAAUUGAAUAAAUUCUGUCUAUUUUAAUACAAAUAUCUCUUGAAACGUCAAGCGCCAUGGCUGCAUAUAUCAAUCUGGAAAUAUCAACGGGGUCGAAAGGUUCUCCAUGACUUCUAAUCGGGUAUGACGUUGUAGUUUGUACUGUAAGAUCUAUACCAAUAUUGUGUAUUUGUAUUAAUUUUAAUGUAUUAGAAGAACAUUGUUUGAAAAUUUUCAUCUGGUCUUCGAAUUUCAGGACAACAUUGGUUGUAAGACAAUAAAAAACUACAUAACUAAUAAACAGCUCUGCUAGCAUUUUAAACCAGAAGUUUACGG